UUACAGUUAAAAAAAAUAAUCGACAAUUAGAAAAAAUUUGCACGAUUCACGCUUGGCGCUGCUGUAUAGCUUCACUAUCGAACGCGGAGAAAAUUUUUCUGUUCCUGUCCCUGUAAAACCUGGCAACCCUGUUUUUCACAACAAACUUUGUUUCUGGGGAACGAACUGGCAGUUUGAACGAUUUUUCUUCAAGAUCAAAAAUUUUUCACAGUUCCGACAGUUUCUGGCGCAUUUCUAUCAAAACGGACUAUUUAUAGAAUUUCGAUAUUACUAUUACAUCGAAUUGUUUAACAUCUCAACUCGAAAGGCUUUCACCUAGUCGUCUGAUGGUGAAGAACGCCGUGAUGAGCGGAAUGUCACGGCGAUGAAUUCAAGCAACGUUCCCUUUCAGCAAAGAUUUAUUGAAGUGCAAGAAGUUGAUAACAAGUUAGAAAAAGGAAAAAGUAUUGAUAGAAUUGCUUCGGAACUUCAGAAAAAAGACUCCAGAAAUCAUAAGGAGCCAAGUCCCCAAAGGAAUCAUACGCUCGGCCACUUUAAUUUAGAAGAAACUUUGCAACGUUUCCGACCACCUGUCUCAGACAUUGAUCAUCUUGUCACUAGAGGGCAUCACAUGUUAAAUUUGGGGCAACACCCCUAUCGACGGCACUCAGAGGAAGAGUUUCCGUCAGAUCGCUCCAACUCUGAUUCUCCUCCGAAUAUGAUACAGAUGCAACAUCAGACAUUGUCACAGUCAUUCUCAUCAGACAGUUCUAACGAAUACGAAGAAGGAUCAAAGAAAAAGAAAUUUAUGGAUGAGGCUUCGGAACUCGAAAAUCUUGAAUUAUUCGCGAAAGAAUUCAAACAGAAAAGAAUAAAGCUUGGAUUCACUCAGGGCGAUGUAGGAGUUGCGAUGGGGAAGCUUUACGGAACAGAUUUCAGCCAAACGACCAUAUCAAGAUUCGAGGCUCUUAAUUUGAGUGUGAAGAAUAUGUGCAAAUUGAAGCCUCUACUUGAAAGAUGGCUGCAAGAUGUGGCGAGGGUUGCAAGAGGAGACGGCAAUGAAGGUGGUCGUCUCUCACUACCUCAGCCUGUGAUCCCCGUACCUCAACCACCGAUACUUUCUGGCAGACGUAGAAAGAAAAGAACAAGCAUUCCUACCGAAGGAAAAACUAGAUUAGAAGUUGCUUUUAAAAAGAACCCGAAACCAACAUCAGAGGACAUUUAUAAAUUCUCCGAAGAUUUGAACUUGGAUCGGGAGGUUGUGAGAGUCUGGUUUUGCAAUCGGAGGCAAAAAGAGAAAAGAAUAACUAUCCAACAACAACAGUAUAUUGGAGAGGAUUCUCCUCCUCCAAGCUCGCCACAGGGGUUCAGUUCCCAGGGAGGUUCAAACUCACAAAGGCCCACAGAAAGAUCGCAGUCUCCCUCUAGUGAUGAUGAUUCAGCAUUCCACACAUCUCAACAUUUACCACCGAUUAUCCAAUCACGGUACGAAUCACACUUGAAUGAACACAGCCCUGCUGCUUAUUCAAAACAGGCUCAGGGUGUAGACGAGCUAACAGCAGCAGCAAACUCCGCAGCCAAGGCUGUUUCAGUUCCUCAAGCAGUUCCUGCUGGGGGUGAAAGUUUGUUGCCAAUGACUACAAGAUUUUAUUCUGGAACGUCUCUGGUAUCACCCACCACGAUGACUACACGGCCAGAUAUUAUAAGACCUGGUUUUAUGCCGGGUAUUCCCCUACAUCCACCCCCCUCACUCAGGCCCCAAAAUUUCAAUUCCCUAUUGUCUUCUUACCCCCCCAGCACUUCGCUCUUGACAAUGAAAACAGAAUCUACAUCUUGAGGGGGAUUCCCCAAAAAAUUUAAAUGUGAAGUUUCAGGAAAUGACCGGUGAUUAGAAGUCAUUUACUGAUAGUCAAGGUCAUUCGAAACUAACUAAUCCCAUACCCCAAAAUGGAUGGGAGGCAGGGUUUACUAUUUGAAUGAUCGUCUUCCCUCUGUCUGGGAUGAAUAUGAAAAUCCUACCCCAUUACCCCAGGGUGAAAACUUUGAGCAUUACUUUGCAAUUAAAAUAAUUCCAACAUUUUACAUAUUAUUAUUGUUGUGUUAAACACCAGAUAUUUUUUAUUUUGAAAUAUUUUCUCACCACUCAAGUUUUUCUGUGGAUGGCAAGCCUGUUGCUUACUUUAUUCUCAACUUAUUCUGGGUCCAUUGUUGCGUACUUCCGUAGUAUGUGCAACAAGAUGGCGGACACCGGAACGUAGUAUGUGUAUCAGGUUAGGGUUAGGCCAAAAUUCCAGUUACAAAUACUACGAGUGUCACUUGGCUAGUCAACCGAACUCGUAUUGGAACUAAAAUAAGGAAAAUUGGAAUAAAAUUAUGGCCUAACCCUAACCUGGUACACAUACUAUGUUCAGGUGUCCGCCGUCUUGUUGCACAUACUUCGGGAUCGCCCAUUGUUGACUCAGUGCGCUUGUACCAGCUUUGUUUCAUACAUGUUAAAACAGAUUUCUGAUUAAGAUAUUUCCAAUAUUUGUUAUUAGAAAAGAGUUCCCUAGCUUUCAGUUUGUCUAUUCUCCUUAGUCAAUUUCUUGAUUGCUUGUGUACCCGUUCUGGUAUCGGCUUUGUUUCAAUAUAUUUUAAGAGCAUUUCUGAUUUAGAUAAUUUAAACAUUUUAUAUCAAGGAAGCGUUUCCCAAACUUUCGGUUCGUCGCCAAUCAUUACACAAUUUAUAGAUGUGUUCUCCCUAAAUUGUACUACAUGUUGUGAUUGGACAAAAUAAGUCAUGUGAACUGCGAAAGUUGACAUUUGUUAGUUAUCAUUGUUACAGAUUUUCAUUUGGUGAAAAUGUAACUCUAAAAAGCGGCUAAACUCAGGGCUUCAAAUUAUCCAUGCCAAGUGAUGAAAUGUAUUUCAGGGCAGAUUAGAAGUUAUGGAUAGAAUAUCCUUAUACAUGAUGUAAUGUACUCCUUGACAAGACGGAGUGUACCGAGGGUACAUGUACCCCAUUUUGGGAGCCCCUGUAUUGGAGUGGUAGUUAAUAAUCGAAAGUAAAAGACCUAGUCAUGAUAAUUUUUUCAUCUUGCUCUCGAAGUCACAGAAAGCUCCGUUCUAUAUUCCAUAAGUUUAUAUGUUCCCUCGAAUUGUUUUUUGGUUUUUGAAACUUAAUUUUUUUUAAUGUAUGAUGUAAAUUUGCAUACAAGGCACCAGGCAAACAUAGCUUCCCUAAUAUUAUUUUAAUCUGAUGGCUUAGUUCUUAGGAAAUUGGACUCAUAAAGUGUGGGUUGAAAUUGAAGCCCAUGCUCCUUUGCCAUGAAAAAAAACUUGCUACACUUUAAUGAUUAUUGAGUUUGGUUUUAUAUAUAUAUUUAUAGUUUUUACCAUUCUGACUAUAAAUGACAAUUACACUGUUUGAGCCUCUGGAACUGGCAUGGGCAAACUACUGCCCGCAGGUCAAAUCAGGUUCGUUGGAUAACUCAAUCUAAUUAAAAAAUAUCUCAUGGAAUUUGUUGAGAUUGCGAUUAAAUUUAGUUUUUUAAACGAGGCUUGAUGUUUUCCACUUCUUCUUUCAUAACACCGUAAAUAUUGUUCAUAAAAUGUAACAUUUUACGUCACACUCACAUGGCCCAGUAUAGGGGGCAAAAUUUUUGGCCCUUGGUCACCUUGCUCACCCCUGCUCUGGAAUGUUUUAUUGGGGUCCCGCUCCAAGUCUGAAAUCCUGACUAAUUAUUCAUUGAAAUAAUGUUAAACUGCACAGAUCUGGUUUGUUGAGUAUUUUAAGCUUUUUCAAUUGAGCUAAUUUAGUCCAAAGACAUUUUUUGGGGAAAUUCAGUUUUCCCUAUAUUCUUAAAUAAAAUUUAUUCUUUCUUUAUUGAUAAUGUUUUAUGCACAUUCUAAUGCGAGUUAUUGCAUUUGUUGAAGUGCAGGAGAUUAAUUAUGUGUAUGGGAACGCUGUUUAUUUCUGUAUGGAAUAACUUUUUACGUACUAUGUUCCAAGAACUAUUUUAGCUUAAUUAUUAUUUUGAGUGUUCAAAUAGUGGUUGACUUUUCGAAAUAUAUAAGUAAUAUUGAAAA